UCCAACAUGGCGACGUAGAGACUGUGUUAUUGUUCCGUCGCUUCUUCAAGCUCUUGCUGUACGACUGAAAUACCGCGCAGAAAGAGCGUCGAGUGUGUUCGCGCGGGCAUGAGAGCGACACUUGAGGAUAAUGCUGAGAUCCACCUGCUUCUUUCGAGGGAUUGACUGCCCGUUUUACACGGAGUACAUCGAAGGCAAAGGAAGCAGAAAUGGGUGUAACAGACCCUACUGCCACUUCAGGCACAGCCAGCAGAGACGGGCGUCCUGCGGCGCUCCAGCCGACGUUAAAAGGCAGAAGGACCUUCAAUCCUCCAAGAAAGAACAAGGUUAUGACCCCUUCAACCCAGAAGUCGUGAGACCCCAGGUGCAGGAGAAUGGAAAGUCUCCUGACUCGGGAGACCUCAGUGGGGCCCUGGAAAUGGUCAACAAGGCCAUCGAGGAGGUCCGCAGCGAGGUGGAGAGGGAGAAAAGAAAGCUCUCUCGAAUUGGGGAUGAACCAUACGAUCCCAAGGAGAGUAAAAAAGUGUCACUAUCUAAUUCUGUUAAAAGUAACGCACCACCUUCCCACAUGGCUUAUGACCCUGGGAGUUAUCAGAUGACAUCUGGAGGUUAUAACCCCCCACCUGGCUGUAGUAAGUAUACCCUGGAUUCAGAUUCCCACGGGAAAAAUAGUAACUCCAUGGAAUAUGUUCCUACUACGAGGAGAAAGCCUUCAUCUCGGACGCAUCAACUCCCCUCUCCUCCCACCAGUCCAAAGUACAGCACAUCUUCCUCUAAGUGUAAAUACACAGUGGAUAUUUCCAAACCAUCUACAGAUAUGGAGUAUGAUCCCAUGUCUAACUACUCGGCAGGGAUCGCAGCAAAAAGGAAGAAGGAUCGGGAUGCACAAGCUUCUAAGACGGAGUUGAGAAAGAAGCACAAACUGUCGGAUAGGUCUGACGAGGAGUAUGUUGUCUCUUUGAGAAAAACUCAAAGUCAGCCGACUGGAGACUCCAAAAAGUACACUUUCUCUGACUCUGAUGAGGAAAGCUCUGGAACAGAGUACCGACCUACUUUGCUUAGUAAUCUCCAGCAUAGAAAAAGCAAUAGUGGAUCCCUUUGGGCUGCUUCGGGGAAGGAGAGAGAUGAGAGAACUGAAAGUAAGCUUAAUGCACUGACACAAAGAAAUAAAGAGGACCUGGCCGGGGACUCAGACAUCCAGGAAGAGGUGAAAGAGAAGGACAGUUCAGAGAAAAAGAAGGUUGUUGGUCAAACUAGUUACAAGAAAGGUAGCAAAUCUGAGAAAGUGCAUAAACUUGGAAAAGAAGCUAACAGAACAACGGGCAGUAAGAGUAGCAGCAGCAGUAAAAACAAAGGGUCAAUUCAGAACUCAAACCAGGACAAUGCAAAGAAGGAGAACAAGAGUCAUGGACAAAGAGACGAUGGCAGAAACACAAUUACGGUUAAGACACUUGCUAAAGUUCAGAAGGACGGCAGAGAGAAAAAGAGAAGUGAUGAUAAGGUCAAAGCUGUGGAAAAAGGAAAAGCAGUCUCGAGUAAACGAGAAAGAGUUCCAGAAAAUGGUGCAGGGGAAAGCAAGAAACUCAAGAUAGUUGAAAAGGAACAAAGAAAGGACAGCCAAGACAAAAACGGUAAACUUCAUAGCAGUCAACGAGAAAAGGAUGCAAAGAAAGUUAACAAAAGCAGUUUAGGUGGCGGCAGCAGCAGCAGUAACAUUAAAGGGAGUUCUGCAAACAGUAAAGACAAAGUGAAGCCAAACAUAGGCUCACCAAAUAGGAAAAGACGGGAGGAGAAACGGCGAAGUCUGAGUCUUAGCCACGCGGAUCUCUUUGGGGACGAGAGCCCAGAGGAGGUUGAACCGAUGGUGGAUGAUGAUGAUGACGACGACGAAGAACCCGAAGAAGUGCUGGUGAGAAAGUCUGCCGACGCUUUGAAGAGGGGCCGUCUGAACAAGAGGAAAGUGUCAGAGCUGACUCCGUCUUCCUCUGACGAUGAAGGGGUCCGCGUGGCAGGUAACGAUGAGGUCACCAUCAACUUCUCUAGUUACCAGGACGACCUGGACUUUGACUCCGACCCCAUGGAGGAGUGUUUGCGGAUCUUCAAUGAAUCCAAGGACGUGAAGACAGAAGACAAGGGAAGGCAAACGAAACAGCCCUCUAGGCAUUUGGACGACGAGAGAAGCACAGAGAGCACUUUAACCACCCUCUUUCCCGGUCAGAAGAAGAGAGUCUCCCAUUUUGUUGCCAAAGGAAGUACUGACGCGCCGAUUGUGGCGCGACCGUACAAGAGACUCUCGGCCCAGGAGGUCUGCUACAAGCGGAUGCAGAUGGCUCAGCAGCAAGCAGCUCAGAUCUCUGCUUCGGUCAACGUGGCCUCGCAGCGCUCCAGUGCCUUUUCUGGAGAGAAGAAGAGAAUCGCUCACCGCUCCAACCCCCAGACAACAUCCUCCAAAACAAGUCCUGCAGAUGUUAAACCAGCUGCUAGUCGAGUUUUAUCCCCCAGCCAGAGCCAGCAGACCGUGAAGGCCCAAACCACCGCUGGCAUCUUGCCCAAGACGAUGUCGACCGUCACGCAGAAGAGGAUGGCACACACACCCACCAUGAAGAGUAGUUCACUGAAGCGCCCUGUCAUCCCUAUUGAGUUUGGGGCCAAGGUUCCCAACAAUGUCCGCCAGCGCUACCUCACCACUUUCAUAGAUGAAUGUGUCAAGUUCUGCCCAUCAGAGGACGUUGCCUUCCAACUGGCACUCGACGAGGAGAAACUGGUGUAUGACCGCAGCAGCAGUAAGAACAUCUACCUCAACGUAGCCGUCAACGCUCUGAAGAAGCUCCGGAGCAAGAGCGUCUCAUGUCCUUCGCCUGUCACCAAGAACCCAGCGUUAGUCACCAACAAGAGGGCUCAGUCACACGAAGACGUUCUUGGAGGUCGUCAUGCGGCUACGACCAGCUUCACCAUCAACAGGAUGGGUAAACAGCUGGAGGAGAAACUCACUGGAUCCACACUGUACAGGAAGCUGCAGGCGUACCUGAUGACGGAGGAGCAGCUCCAGGAGCACGGAUACCCCAGAACAAAUCCUGAGGUUGCCGGCAAAGCCGUCUUGUAUAACCUCCCGGAGAAAAAGGCCACCUCGGACCCGUUGAACAAGGUGUGCUGUCGAUGUGGAGCGGAGUAUAAGAUCAACGUCAAUGGCAACUGUAUACGGAAAGAGGAAUGUAGCUUUCAUUGGGGGCGGCUGCGCAGAAAUAAAGGCGCUGGAGGAUGGGAGACCAACUACAGCUGCUGCGCUGCGGCUGUCGGGGCUCCGGGUUGCCAAGUUUGCAAGCAACAUGUUCAGGACGGGCGUAAAGAGACAUUCGAUGGCUAUGUCACUACGUUCAGUAAAGCUCUGCCACCAGAUGGCAACGGAGGGGUGUUUGCUUUGGACUGUGAGAUGUGUUACACGAAGCAGGGCCUGGAGCUCACCAGGGUGACGGUCAUCGACUCGGAGUUGAAAGUCAUCUACGAUACAUUCGUGAAACCUGAAAGCAAAGUAGUCGACUACAACACGCGAUUUUCGGGUGUGACGGAGGAGGACUUGGAGAGCGCCACCAUCACCCUGAGAGACGUUCAGGCCGUGCUGCUCAGCAUGUUCAGUGCUGAAUCCAUCCUCAUCGGACACAGCCUGGAGAGCGAUCUGCUCGCUCUCAAGCUAAUCCACAGUUCAGUCAUCGACACGGCCAUCGUGUUCCCGCACCGCAUCGGCCUGCCCUACAAGCGCGCCUUGAGGAACCUGAUGGCCGAGCACCUCAAACGCAUCAUCCAGGACAACGUGGAGGGCCACGACUCGAGUGAAGACGCGUCUGCCUGCAUGGAGCUCAUGUUCUGGAAGAUCAAGGAGGAUGCAAAGGUGAAAAGAUGACCUCUGACCCCUCUGCUCAACUUUCCUCAGUUCACCUUGCAGUCUUGAUGUUGGUGUGAGGGGGACAGAUGUUCAGGGGGCCUGUCCCCGCGCUGAAAGACUUACGCUUGGUGGGGGGGGGAGCUUGUUGCUGCCUACUUCACAGAGAACUGCCAGUCCCUUCAAAGCAAUAGGAGCUCAAAGUAACAGUUUUCAUUUGACAAUUUGUAUUUCAGUUGUAAAUAAUGUUAGUUAAUAUGUACAUGUGUUUAUUUUGAACAGUGUCUCUUUUAAAGCCUCAAACAAUUGAUGCAUAAACCUUUUCUAUAAAAGAACUACAUGAACGUCGGGGCAUUGUCCGCUGAGCGAUGGUGAAUAAUAUCGUACCAAGCUGUGUCUUCAGCUUAAUUUGCACUAUAGAAAUGCUUGUUUUAUAUAGGGCCCAAUUCUGGGCACCUCAUCUGUGCUCUAAAAGCAUUCACUUAUAAUGGAUAACGCGUUACCUGUUCUUAGCUACACUUAAGUGCAUUGAUGUCUUAGUCUCUCGAUUAUUGCUGUGUAAAGGCACUUGUGUUUUUCACAUUGCACCUUGUCACUGAUGCUCUGUUUAGCGAGUUAAUUAACAUCAAACCUGACUAAUCCUACAAUACUUGAUCAUGUAAAAGAUACUCAGCAGAAAUGUAAAACCUCUGCUUACCGAUUUGGUUUAUUUGAUGGAAUAAUAUUUCUCUGUAUUUUAUUUAUAUAUAUAUAUAUAUUUAUAUAUAUAUAUAUAUAUAUAUAUAUAUAUAUAUAUAUAUAUAUAUAAAUAGUGAUCCAGUAUCUCUGUGUCAUGUGCCCUGCAUGGAAUGAAACCACAGGAAUCCUUGUGAUAGCAGGUAUGAUAUGUUAUUGCUCCAUAAAGACAAAAUUAAGUUGUUAAAUUACUCCCGGGUUAAUUAUAAUUUAGGGAGUACCAGCUAAUCUCUGCUCUUUUAUGUUGAAAAUGACUGAGAAAUACUUGAGUCCUGUACAUACUCCACAUUUCCUUUUUGUAUUUAUUCAUUUUCCGUUGUUAAUCUUUUUUAUAUUAAAAGAUAUUAGACAAAAGAA